AUGCGUCGCAAGUACGGUGUCGCAAAAAAUGUUUGGGAAACAGUAAAAGCUGGGAAAACUGAAUCCAAGCGGGCGGCCUCGAAUCAGCCUUGUCUGAUUCUUCGAUUCCAAAGAGUGGUCUCAACAGAGCUGUUUGACCCAAGUGAGUUUACUCCGUAUGACUCCACACAAGAACCAAUAUUCCCUCCGGAGCUGAUGCUUAUGUUGGAUGAGGGACACCCAGCAAUUCAAACAUUUUCAAGUGACAAUUUGACCUGGUUACGACCAGCCACACUUCGGCAACUGCUCAAUCUAAAGGUUAAGCAUCCUGAAGCCAAGAUGGUUGUUGGAAACACAGAAAUUGGUGUUGAAGUCAAAUUCAAGAAUUGGGUCUAUCCCCUCAUUAUUGACGUCAACCACAUCCCAGAAUUGAUCCGCAUUGACACCACGCCCGCCGGGGUGAGAGUAGGGGCCUCUGUGUCACUGACCUCUCUAGAUCUUUACCUGAAGCAGAUUAUACAUGCUCAGCCAGAGUGUAAAACGCGGGUCUUUGCCGCCAUUGUAGAGAUGCUUCGCUGGUUUGCUGGACAUCAAAUCAGGAACGUUGCUUGUUUGGGUGGUAACAUAGCAACUGGCAGCCCCAUAUCCGACCUGAAUCCUUUGUUGAUGGCUGCGAGGUGUAAACUAGAGCUUACUUCAAAACAAGGUUCCCACACAGUAACCAUGGAUGGAAACUUCUUCACCGGUUACAGGAGAAAUGUCAUUGCUACAAGUGAAGUCAUCGUAGCUGUAAACAUUCCAUUCACGUCAGAGGAUGAAUAUUUCUACGGCUACAAGCAGGCUUUACGUCGUGAGGACGAUAUAGCCAUAGUUAACGCUGGUAUGAGGGUGCUCAUGAAGCCAGGUACCAAUGUAGUACAGGAUUGUACACUGGCAUUUGGUGGCAUGGCUCCUACAUCAGUACUGGCUUCCAAGGCCAUGACUGGCAUCAGUGGCAGGACCUGGAGUAAUGGACUGGUGGAGGCGAUGUGCCCUUUACUGGCUGAGGAUCUCCCUUUGCCUCCUGGGGCACCAGGUGGCAUGGAACCCUACCGUCAGUCUCUCGCCCUCAGCUUCUUCUUUAAGUUCUACCUGGCCGUCUUGGAACAGUUGAAGCUGAAAUUGCCUGGACUGAGUGGUACCUUCAUCCCUGAUUCCUACAAAACAGCCAAUCAGCAGUACCGUAAGAACUCAGCUAGGGGUGUGCAGAUGUAUCAGGAUAGCGUAGCGCUCUGUGUGCACAUGGUCGUGCUACCGCAGCGAGCGCUGCGAUUGCAUUAUAGGUGGUUGCGUGUUGGACUUCGCAGAGUGAAGUUGGAGGUUCCCUCCGGUCAACCAGAUUCUGAUGCCGUAGGGCGACCUUUAACCCAUAUGGCUGCCCUCAAGCAAGUCACAGGAGAGGCUUUGUAUGCCGAUGACAUCACACCUGCAAAAGGUGAUCUUUACUUGGGUUUGGUGUGCAGCAAGGUAGCUCAUGCAAAGCUACUAUCUAUUGAUGCGUCAGCAGCCCUAGCAGUAAAAGGCGUCCAUGCCUUUGUGGAUAUUAACGAUGUGCCAGGAAGUAAUAUUGUUGGCGUAAGGCUGGAACAAGAUGACCCACUGUUUGCUGAUGGAGAGGUGCUGCAUGUGGGUCAGUUGAUAGGUUUUGUCGUGGCUGACAACCAGACCAUUGCAAAGAAGGCUGCUCAGCUUGUCAAAGUCGAAUACCAGGAACUACUGACCAUUCUUACCAUAGAGGAAGCCAUCCAGCACGGCUCUUAUCUACCCUUCAACCUGUGCUUUAAGAAGGGUAAUGUCCAGGAGGGCUUUGAGAGCUCGGAUCACAUGUUUGAGGGAGAGAUGAGGUUGGGUGCCCAGGAACACUUCUACUUGGAGACUUUUACCACACUGGUCAUCCCUGGAGAAGGAGGAGAAGUGGAAGUGAUAUCAUCAACACAGGCGCUCACGACAACACAGGUGAUGGUAGCCAAAGCCUUAGGAGUUCCCAAUAACAAAGUCGUAACCAGAGUGAAGAGGCUUGGUGGUGGAUUUGGUGGUAAGGAAAGUAGAUGCUGUGUGCAGGCUGCUGCCUGCGCAGUGGCUGCGAAUAAAGUAAGUCGUCCAGUGCGCUUGAUGCUGGACCGUGACGAAGACAUGAACAUGACGGGGACCCGCCAUCCAUUCUUGGGUCGCUACAAGGUGGGACUUGCCAGUGACGGUCAAGUGAGGGCACUGCAGAUCGAUCUGUACUCCAAUUGUGGAUUCUCGUAUGAUUUGUCCUCUGCAGUUAUGGAGAAUGCAGCUUAUCAUGCUGACAACUGCUACAACAUUCCCAAUUUCCAAGUGGAGGGUCACCUAUGCAAGACCAACCUGCCAUCCAAUACAGCCUUCCGUGGCUUUGGUUGCCCACAGGUCAUGUUGAUCAUGGAAUCCAUCAUGUCCGAGAUCGCCGGAAGAUACGGACUGUCAGAAUUAAAAUUGCGUGAACGUCACUUCUACACUGAAGGGGACGAAAACUUCUUGGGCCAGGAGCUUAAGAAUUGGAACCUGGGGAGAUGUUGGAAGAAAUGUCUCACUAAGAGUGAUUAUGAAAAACGUCGACGAGAUGUGGACCAGUUUAAUAAUGAGAAUCGCUGGCGCAAGCGAGGUAUUGCUGCCACUCCAACAAAGUUUGGAAUCUCAUUUGCCUUCACCACACUAAACCAGGCUGGUGCCUUGGUACACAUCUACACUGACGGCACAGUUCUGAUCAGCCACAGUGGUGUUGAGAUGGGCCAAGGUUUGCACACCAAGAUGAUCCAGGUGGCAAGUCGGGCCCUGAGGAUCCCCCAGGAGAAGAUCCACAUCAUGGACACCGACUCGUCCAAGGUGCCAAACACCUCACCCACUGCUGCCAGUGUUGGUUCUGACCUCAACGGAAUGGCCAUUAAGACUGCAUGUGAAACAGUGUUGCAUAACUUGGAGCCAUUCAUGCGUGACAACCCCAAAGGAACAUGGGAAGACUGGGUGAAAGCAGCUUAUUUAAAUCGGGUUAGUCUGUCUACCACCGGAUUCUACUCGGGCCCAGAUUUGAAGUUUGAUCGGCAAACUGGCCGGGGGAAGCGGUUCAGUUAUUUCUGUUGUGGCACGGCUGUGUCGGAGGUGGAGAUUGACUGUCUGACUGGCGACCAUCAGGUGCUGAGGACAGACAUUGUCAUGGAUGUGGGAGACAGCAUCAACCCGGCCAUCGAUAUUGGACAGAUUGAGGGAGCUUUCGUUCAAGGUUACGGGAUGUUUGUCCUGGAGGAUUACCGAGUGACCCCAACAGGUCACUUGCUGACCAAAGGACCUGGUUUUUAUAAGAUCCCAGCAUGUGGUGAUAUCCCAGCAGAAUUCAAUGUUAGUCUGCUCACCAGGGCACCCAAUCCAUUCAAUGUGUGUUCCUCCAAGGCCAUUGGCGAACCGCCUUUUUUCCUAGCAGCAUCGGUUUUCUUUGCCAUCAAGGAUGCGAUUCAGUCGGCCAGGAAUGAUGCAGGCAUUCGUGGGCCAUUCAAACUUGACAGUCCCGCCACCGCUGAAAGAAUCCGAAUGGCUUGCCAAGACCAAUUCACUAAACAGUUUCCCACACCUGAGCCUGGGACAUACAUACCGUUCUUUGUUCGUCCGUAGUGUUGAAGGUUCUACUGAUCCACGGAAGUUAGAGAUAAUUCGUCAUAUCAGCUACAAACAUAACCCAUCAUGAUUUCCACCCUGUAUAAGGAAGACGUUGCAGUCACACAGCGAUUUACAUUUUAAUCGUUACAGUUCCUGUGCCUUCAAGUUCACACCUCAUGAUGAUAAUUCACCAAGUGCGUUAAGCACUUAUUUAAGAUUUAGCACAACUAAGCCGUCAUUACGUUAGGUUUGCUAGUAAUGUUCUUGAUUUUAUGACCAGUUAUACAUUUCGGUGGAAUACCGUGAUUUCAAUUGUUUGAAAGUUGUUUGCUUAUGAAAACAGUUUCAAUUUUUUAGGUAGAAAUUUGAAAUGGCUACCACUUGGUGGAGUAUAAAUGAAGGCAUCAGUGAUUCGUUCAACAAUUUGAAAAUACUUGCACCUAGAUAAGAAAGCAUCUGAUCGGUAGAAACCACCUUUUGACCUCUGGAAAAACUCAUUUUCCACGUGAGUUGCAAAGCAUGUUUUAUUAAAGUAGUAGAACAGAUAUUCAACUGAAUGAGUUUGACGUUUACUAACAAAGUAAUUUGGUAACCGUAUAGCGUUUCCUUGAAAUUUAAGGGGAAAGUGGAAUAAUAGGACACUUCUUGAUUUCUUUCUUUGAUCCGUAAUAUUGAGUAUUAUAAUCUUGUGAACUAUGUUUACGUUAAACAUUUACUUGAACGUAGAUCAGAAUUACAUGUAAUUCAAACUCUGCCAAUGGUAUAGAAAAUUAGAAUUAACUAGAAUCUGCGUCUGCUUUGCAGAAAAUGGAAGGCAUUUCCACAUUUUAAAAGCUUUCAAAGCCUUCUUGUGGUAAGGAAAAAGAUGUAAAAUGUCAGUAAACAGUCAGAUGCAAUAAUUUAUUAAACUACAAAGCGACUUGGAAUAGUGUCGAAAAUUCCUAUUGAAAGGAAGUAAGAUGGAGAAAAACGUUUCUGGAAAAAAACCUCAAUGACGUCAUUAUGACGUCAUUUCAUAUUUGUAAUGCAGACCUACAUCUUCCUACCAAGUUCCGAGACGAUUUGAUAUUCUGUUACCUGAGAAAUAAAAAUUCCUUCAAGCUGAUGAAAAAAAUCAUGACGUCACAAGUAAUCUAUCGCAAAUACCCUAUUUUGUUCAAGAAGAAUAAAAUAAUUCAUAAACAUCAAAGUGAUGAUGGCAACCUGACCUUUUCAAUUUUUGCGUACAACUCAUCGAACCUGGCAUGAAUACAAAAACACAAUUUAAUAGGACUCGUAGCUUCAGUAUUCAUCAUAAAAUGUAAAGUCAAAAUACAAUAAAUUUGUUGGCAUAUAACAGGGACUAGAAAAAUGAAAGGUAUUUGCUUUCUGAAACAACUUUCAGGCCAAAAAUUCAAACACACGAGGUCAAAUUUUGUAUGUAUGAUUGAGAUUGACAAUUUGCCAAAGUGCCACAGAGAAUGGUCAUUUUCAAAGUCCAUAUAAGUUUUGAGAGAAAAGUUUUAAAAAGCAAGAAAAAGCAAACUCGACAAAAGUCACAGCUUGCAGUAAAGCCAAUUUCUAACAUGUAGAGUGUUAACGUACACGUCUUACAAGUUUACAUAUGCGGCUGUGGUCGUAAAAGUUGUUAAGUGAAAACGGAAUCUUCCUUUAUUAAUAGGAGGAAUGAUUUAUUUCAAUAUGUCACUACAUAAUGCAGUGGAAUGCAACAGUUAAGUACAAAUGGUGACAGAUGGGGUCACACCAAGUUUUGCAAGUGGACUUAAGACAACGAUGAGAAAGAAAAAUUAUAGUUAAAUUGAAAUCAUUUUCAAUCACUGAAAUAAAUAAAGUUAAAUAAAACCUAAAAACUUUAGGAAAAAGUGAGUAAUGAAAUACGAUUGGGAAUACAAGACUUGAUAAAAGGAUAAUUUGUUAUCACGUGUUGCAUUAAUACCGACUUAUUUAAUAUAUAAUAUAUUAUACCAGAAAUAGUACUUUUUAAUUUGUCUGUUGAAUCUGUGCACCGUCAGAAGGGCAAAGAGGUAAUUAAGCUGAUUUUCGGAGAAGAGGACUUGAUGUCUGUUUUAAUGAAAGUCUUUCCCAAGCGUUAAUUGGCAGUGUGAAGUUUAUUUCUAAUCUUGUGUCGUGUAAAUGAACGGCUAGAUCCCUGAUAAACAAGGGUCUUAAAUUAUUAGGUAGCAGGUUCCUUUCAAAUUUAAAUAAUUUAAACAAUUCUUAAAAGGGGUGCAGUGUGAAACAAGAAGUUGUCAUGACUCAUCCAUUUAUCUUACUGUUAAUCUAGUCAUGUAAAAUGAUAGAAUGAUAGAAUUCAUGUUUUAUAAAUCGGGAAAAGCACGUUUCUAGGCAGCAAAUUUCGAAUACGCAGAACACACCAAACCUGGAUGUGUGAACCUGUUAACAGUGAAACUUCCACGUUGGGUUACAGUCAAUUGUAACAAUUAAACAUUUGAUAAAAUUUACUCUACUUGUCUUAGAAUUAAUAAUGUUAAUCAAAAUCCGACUUUUUUUGUCUUCAUAUGAAAAUAAAACCUAAAUGUUUUCUCUUCAUAUAUCGACAGUUUGUUACUUUAAACCACAUGAAGGUAUCCGUAAGAUCUUCGUUUAGAAUUAGAACUAGCUGAUUUUAAUGACAGUGACUAAAAAAUAGGUACAACUCGCAAACAAAAGUUUAAAAAGGAUAAUCUCGAAGUUACGAAUAUCGUUUGCAUGUACAAUGAACCUAACAUUUAGCUUUAUGGUAUUCAUUUGGUAAUCACUUCCAGGUUUGAUUUGUUAUUUUUCUAUUCAACAAAUUGUUUCCUGUCGCAAAGAUAGUUAAUGACUCAGUCGUAGCCAAGUUCAAUGAGGGAGGUUCUAUUGGACAACUUAAGAAAGGAAUAUACCAUAAAAUGGACAGGGGUGUUCGGGAAAAUAAAAAUAAA